UUCCCGAACGACGACAACGUCUGAUACUUUUACAAACACAGCCGCCUACGACACAGCGUGUGUCGUUUAUCGGAACGCGUGGCGAUUUUUUUUGUUUUUCGGAUUCGGUGACACGACCAUUGUUGUAAAGAUGACAACGUAAAGCCAAAACACAAAGAUAAAUUACGAUGACUUCGACUAACGAAGAGCUGCCACCUUCGCUAAAGACCAGAUCAUCCCCUGUGGAUUUUCAAAAUGCAGAUUUGGUAUCCCGACUUUUGGCAGCGACCCCGCCGUAUCUGUACAACAUGCCGGUAGUUCCUCACAGUUUUUUCUUUAGUGAAAUGUUAAGGUCACUCGUUCAGGCAAAAGCUGCCGAAAAUAGCCAAAGACAUACCUCUACCGUACAUCAGAGGCGACCAAGAAAACGAUCUUGGACCCAAGUACAUGCCGAAAUUACUAAACCAGAAAAUACUGAUGUCUUUCAACCAAUGUGGGCCAAAUCGUUCCCCGAAAAGUCAAAACUAUUUGAGGAAAAAAUUGCCGAGAAACCUCACCAUUUUCCUGUUCCACAUACAGAAAAAUUAAGUUCUGAUGAUAACAUCAACGAUAAUAAAUCCUUUAUAUUACCUGACUUUGACAAAAACAUACCCAGCACGAGUACGACGGUUCCGACGGCGUUUCCGCAACCUUCUAGUCAAUCUCACGGUUUAAAUGACCUUUCUCUGCCAUCCCAACCGUCUGUAUGGUAUCCCCCAUUUUAUUCGAACGCUUAUGGAAUUGAUCCACUUCACUUCUUCAUAGAUUUGCGCGUAUCAGGGCACAUUUACGACAAGAAGAAUCAAAAAGAAAAUCUAGGCAGUCUUCAUCCCCAACAAACCGAAAAACCUCCCUUCCCAAUACCCACGUCAGCAAAUCAACUGUACAAAUCUGAAGCGUCUCCUGACAAUCAUCCUGUCAAAGAAAGCUUCAAGCAGACCCGACACACAUCAGCUUUCAGUGUACCUAGAUCAGUCUUGAAUAAAAACCUUCCCGUUAAUCUCACUCAUUAUUCUUCCUCCUCGCACAGUCUGAAGUGCACGGAGUCGAAAACGAAAUUCGACGUCAAAUCCAUGGGAUUCGACAAGGGUGACAAUCUUACCGGAACUUCGUACAUUAUGAAGAACGUGACGAAGUUGUACAAGAAAAUAUCUUCUACUAAUAUAACGAAAAUGGAAGUGGAGAGUGCCGAUUCCGAAACCCAGGAACAAGUGGACGUGAUUGAUACCGAAAAGGAAUCUACUUCUUCUAAAAUCCAAUCGGACGACGAUGAUGGCUUGACCGAAGAAGAAAAGGAAAAACGGGUGAAAGAUCUUCGAGCUUUGAUCGGCCUCGAAUUGGUAGUGGAUUACAUGAAGAACGCUAAACCUGGUCAAAGAAAUGACACGAAUCAUGACAGUUCUUCAGACCUAGGAACAAGUGAUAGCCCAACAUUAGAUGUAGUCGAUAUCCAUGACGAUAUCGAAACUGUUUAUUAAUCAUAGUUUUCGUAAAUCGAAAAAAACAAAGAAUUCCGAAGGUUUUAAAAGAAUGGUAGUAAAGUACCUGACAUGUGCACCGCAAAAAUAUAUUCGUAUUGGCUUCAAUAGUACAGAGUACAGAGGUUCAUUAUUAUGCUCCAGUGGACUCAUCUACAAAUAAUAAAAGUCCUCACGUAAGAGGCUGCAUGUUUUCAAGGAGGACCGUAGAGAAGAAGUAAACAGAAAGGAAAAACAGUUAAGAGAGUAGUUGAUUUUCGAUAACGAUGGCAUACAGAAGUGACAAAUUUUUUAGGUUCGGUAGAUAGACAAUCAUUUUAGACAUCUACCUUUUAAAAUUUUGAGAUACGGAUUGUACCUUACAGAAAACCAUGUAGUUUCGACUCGUAUCGUCCUGUCGCUAAUCUUUUUAAUAUUAGUGUUACCGGAAAUGUAUGAAAUCCGUCAUUGUACAUAAUUCCUAGGA